GAGUUUCCUUCCCAGCAAGCCUUGUAAAAAAUGGCUGCGCCCAUGCCUUACGUUGUUACUUAGUGUUUCUUUCAAAAGUCUUGUCAAGCUGUUGGCGAAACAUAAAGCAUCUCCCGGAGUUACAUAAUGGAUUUUGAGGCUGUAAAUUGGGAUGUAGGAAGUGAAGCAAAAGAACUAGACAGAAGUUUGUUUCAGAAAAAUAAGAAAAAACAAAAGAAUUCCAAAAAGAGGAAACAGGAAGAGGACAAGGUAAAACUAAAUGAUAGCGCUGAAAACAAAAAGAGAAAAAUGGAUAAGGAAGGGAAAGAAAAACUAGAUGGCAGCUUAAAAGCAAUAGGAGUUUCUGAUGAAGCAUCAAGUGAAUUGAUGAGCAGGAAAGAAAAACGAAACAAGAAAUGGCAAGAGAAGAUUUUGAGACGUAAGCUGAUGGAUGAGAGUAAUGAUACAGAAGGUUUGACUAAGUCAGCAGCAGUGUCUGAACCACCAUGUGGUAUUACAGACAAAAGUCCAAACAAAAGUAUUCAGGCUGGUAAAGACAUAGAAGAAAAGUCACCAAUGAAGAGGUCUGAGAAAAGAAAAUUAAGAUGGGAGAAGAUACAAGAGAAAAGAAGACUGAAAUUGGAGCAAAGUAAACCGGAUACAAAUAAGGUUUCAAAUAAACUGUCUAAACCACAGGCUGAACCUGUGGGGGCUACUAAAGAUGUUUCUGACAAAAAUAAAGGUGUCCAUAAUGAAAACAAUGUAAAUAUGGAGGAUCAGUUGAAUAGAAAGGAAAGAAAGAAACUGCUGUGGAAACAGAAACUAAAGGAGAGGAAAUUGAGUCAGAAAAAUAAUGUGGAAAAUGUAAAUGAAAUAGCUGCUAUAUCUGUCACUGAUAAAAAACACGAAAAAGAAGGUAACCAGAAAAGUGAGAAUGUUGUUGAAGAUGGAAAUGAAAAUAAACAAAAAAUUAAACCAAAAAAGGGGAAACAUGGAAAAAGAAAAGACAGUCGGAGUAAUGAGACUAAAAGUGAUGAAAGUAAUUCACUUGAAAAUGUAGAUAAACAAUUACACAGUCCAACAAAGAAGAGGGAAGUAGAAGUAAAUAGCAGUGAAGAAAAUUCUGGAACAGAAAUAAGUAGUGUCAAAAAGAAGACAAAAAGAAAACGUAUGUGCAAAAGGAAUAAGUUUAAAGGAUAUGUGAAACCAGAGCCAGGAACUAUAAAGCCACAGUUAGAAGCUACAAAAGAUUUGUUAGAGAAAAGCAUGGCAAGUCCAGGAAAAACUGACUCAGGUACAGUGAAGGUUAAUAAAAACACUGAUGCUUCUUUUUCAGAAGCAGCCAGUGCUGUUAAAGAUAAAUCUUUUGAGUCAAGAAAAGGUAAAAAGAAGAGAAAACUUCAGGAAAGUGAAAGUAAUGAAACCGGUACUGCAGAAGUAGUAAAAACAAAUUCAGUUAAACAAGUUUCAAACAAAAAAGGUGAAAAGAAAGAUGGAAGAGAACCUGCUGGAAAACAAAACAAAAAGAAAGUUGCAUUAGACCCAAGUGUGAUUAGAACAAUUCUUUCUCCAGGAUCAGGAAGGAAGACUUCAGAUGACAGUAUUGUUGCUGAAGAUGAUGUUGCUGAAGCUGAAGAUUUCAGUAGGGCAAAGAAAGGUGAAGCUAAAGCAAAGACAUUGUUAGAGAAAAGCAGGGAAAGGCUGAAUGCUGCUAGAUUUAGGUAUCUGAAUGAACAACUGUACAUAACAACGGGUCAAGAAGCCUUCACAAUGUUCAAGAACGAUGAUGUAGCAUUCAGUGUUUAUCAUGAGGGGUUUCAAAGUCAAGUUGAAAAGUGGCCAACAAAUCCUAUAGAUGUUAUAAUCGAGAAAUUACAGGCAAAGCCAAAGCACCUUAUUCUGGCAGAUUUCGGUUGUGGUGAUGCAAAACUUGCUCGAAGUGUUCCAAACAAAGUGCACUCAUUUGACCUUGUAGCACUCAAUGAUCAUGUGACUGUCUGUGAUAUGUCAAAGGUUCCAGUCAAGGAUGGUACAGUUGAUAUAGCAGUAUUUUGUUUGUCACUGAUGGGUACAAAUCUCACAUCAUACCUACAGGAAGCCAACAGGGUUUUGAAAAACAAUGGGACAUUGAUGAUAGCAGAAGUCACAAGUAGGUUCCAUAGUAUAGGCGGCUUUGUACUCAAAGUUGAAAAAAUGGGCUUCAAAAUAAAACAGCAGGACACUGACAAUAAGAUGUUUGUGAUGAUGGAAUUUAAGAAAACAGCUGAUUUUAAAGACAGAAACGUUGAGGACAUAGAGUUAAAACCAUGUGUAUACAAGAAAAGAUGAAUUUCCAUUCAGUCAUUGCUUACAUUCUGUGUUCAUGUAGUUAUCUUCAUUGUAUUGUAAAUUAAAGAAGCUGGUUGCUUGUCAGUGUAGUGUAUGGGCUAGAGUGAUCACUAAAGAUUUGGAAUAAUUCAUGUGAUUAGAAUUAAAGUAAAGCUUCACACAUACAAUGUGAUCAUUUUAACUAAAUAAAUAUGUUCUAGUGUCUGGUACUUUUAGGGCACUAAACUGCUGUUAUGGUUUCUGUUUGUCAAGGAUUUGUUAUGAAUAUACCAGUUAUUCUUUUUAGUGUAUACAUUUAUAUAACUGAAACCAUUUUCUGUUAUAAAUUCAUUAUGGACUACAUGUACAUUAGAUCAAGGCAGCUACAUGUAACUUGAUUAAGGUUUAGGAUGAUUUUCAUACCACAAAUUAGUUAAUGAUGCUAUCAGCCAUGUUGCUGAUACAAAUAAAUGAUUUUAAAUUUUUAAA